AUGCGUAAGACUAAACGCCAAAGUUUUGCGUCGGAAGAUACAGCUGUUGAAACGAUCGGUAAUAGAGAUGGUAAAAAUUAUUCCCUGAAAAAAAAUGAUGAGCAUAAGCAGGAUACACAAGCAGACGAGUUGACCAAAGACAAGAUGAUUUCAAAGACGAUUUCAAAGAACGCAAUGGACCAAUUGCAUACCCGAAGGAAUAAAAAAAGACCAAAAAAUCAAAGGAGGAAUGAAAAAGCAGAGUCGAAAUACCCAGACAAGGAUUGUUUGGAUGAAACACCAGAGCAUCCUGAGGAACUACAGACCAUAGCCGAUGUGUAUCUCUGCCAGCUUUGUGAGGGGCCUACGUAUGAAUCCCCAGCGGAACUUACUAAACAUCUGAAUGAUGCACAUCCUGAUCAGAUACUUGCAUGUGACAAAUGCCCGAAGGUGUUCAUGAGCGAGCAGACGUUUCAACACCACCAAUAUUGCCAUGCUACAGGGCGAUCGUACUUUUGUAAUUUUUGUGAUAAAGGUUUUCUAUCUGAGCAUCUACGCAAGAGUCACAUUCGCUCGCACACACACGGAGCCGAAUUUUUGUGCUCGCUUUGUGGCAAGAAAUUUAACAAUAAGAGCAACUUACGGCAGCAUCUAAUGCGCCAUACCGGCGCUAAACCCUGGGCUUGCUCUGAGUGUCCAAGUAGGUUUUGCACGAAAGGUGCUUUAAAGUUACACCAGCGAACCCACUCAGAGUUGAGAGCUUUUAGCUGCGAUACUUGUGGAUCGCAGUUCCAUACACGAUAUUCUCUUGUGAAGCAUAAAUUGAUUCAUACAGGAGAACGUCCGUAUGCCUGUGAUGUGUGUCCAAUGAGAUUUGUUUCAACAUACCACGUGAAACGACACAAGUUAACACAUACCGGUGAAAAACCGUUCAAAUGUUCAUAUUGCGAGCGUAGUUUUGCACAAAGCAACGAUAUGGUGAAACACAUGAAAUUGCAUGUGGGGGAUAAUCCGUAUCAGUGUGAUCGGUGCGAGUCUUCAUUUCGUUUGCUCGCAGAGUUGCGAAAUCAUUACAAGGAACACUAUCAGUCCGGUGAAAAUUCUACCAAAAAUGAUAGCAGCUGGCCGGCGGAAGAGGAUAAGAAUAUACGGUUCACAAGCACGGAUAUAUUGAAACUCAGAUUCGAAAAAGAAAUGAGUCAAUACAACGGAAGAUGUGAGGAGAGUCGUGCGAAACGAAGAGUUUUUGUUGAGACUACAAAGUUUCCUGAAAUGCUCUAUGCGGAAUGUGGCAUGCACGAACCGAUGAACGAUGGAAGUAAAUCGAGCAUACAAUUUAUACUGGAAACGUUGUUUCCUACACUCUUCAACGCAGCACAAGUACAAUAUGAUCUCAGCGUGAACUGGCCUUCAAAAAUUUGUCUCGAGUGCAAACGUCGAAUUCAAGAAGCAUAUAACCUGUACGAAUUGUGUACCGACAGCGCAGAUCGUCUUCGGAAAUGUCUAACACAAGAACCAGAGGGCGAUGCUAUCGUCUUCGAGGCGACCUGUGAAACAAAUCAACAUUCACAAAAGGAAUUCGAAGAAACUGAAGAGCUACAAACUAAAAUAGAUAUAUACCGUUGUUUACUUUGCGAUGGUCCCAUAUAUACGUCCCCAAAAGAGCUGACCGAUCACCUAAAAAUGAAACACCCAGAUCAAAUUCGCACUUGCCAACAGUGUCUGAAAGUUUUCAUGAGCGAACCAGCCUUCCAGCAACAUCAGUAUUGCCACGCUACAGGACGAUCAUUCUUCUGUACGUUUUGUGAUAAGGGAUUCCAGACAGAACAGUUGCUCAAAAAUCAUAUUCGAACUCAUACACAUAGAGCAGAUUACUUGUGUUCAUUGUGUGGGAAGGAAUUUAACAACAAAAGCAAUUUUCGACAGCAUGUUAGAGCGCAUUCUGGUGAUAAGCCGUGGGCUUGCGAACAAUGUCCAAGUCGUUUUAAUACGAAAGGUGGCCUAACAAAACAUCAGAAUACACACACGAAAAUUAAGGCAUUUAGCUGUGACACGUGUGGAUCUCAGUUUAAUAAGCAUUACUCUCUAAUAAAACACAAGCUUAUUCAUACAGGAGAACGUCCGUUUGGUUGUGAAAUUUGCAAAAUGAGGUUUACUUCUAGUUAUAUGGUAAAACGCCACAUGCGAACACAUACAGGUGAAAAGCCUUACAAAUGCACGUACUGUGAACGCAGUUUCGCACAAAGCAACGACAUGGUGAAACAUAUGAAAACACAUGUUGGAAAUAAUCCGUACCAGUGUGAUCGUUGUGAAGCAUCCUUCCGUCUACUCACUGAUCUUAGAAAUCACUACAAGGAGCAUUAUCAAAUGCGUGAGGCAGCUGCAGGUUCAUCGACCGAAGACGACAAGGACAUACGGUUUACCAGCACGAAUAUAUUAAAACUGAGAUACGAAAAAGAAAUGGGUCAACAAAACGCAAGCGAUGGUGAUUGUAUCAUAAAACAUAAAAAUAUUUCAAGUGCUAAUAAAUUAACAAUAAGUGCAGAAAUUGAAGAAAUAGUGGUGGGCAUUGACUCUCAAACAAUAGAAUCAAGCGAGCGUAAUGUGCAAACAGAUGCAACAGGUUCAUCUACUAUUCAGAGCUAUAUGUUGACUGAUGAUCGUACGAUCAAUUCAGAAGAGGAUGACAAACAGACAAUUUUCUGCAGUGAAGAAACCUCAUUGUUAUCGCCCUCAAUCGAUGGCAAUCAAAUCUCCGCCCAAGGAAAAGUGAAUAAAUCAAGGGCAACCAAAAAGCGAACGAAAAAGAAAUCACUGGAAAUUCAUCGAUUGGAAUUGUUAGAACCUCAAGACAAGACAAAUCUGUCACAAUGUCUGCUUUGCGAUGGAACACCACAUUUUGCUGCAAAUGAGCUUACCGAGCAUUUGAAAGCGGAACAUUUGGAGCAGAUUCAUAGCUGUGACAAGUGUCCGAAAGUGUUCAUGAAUGAGCAAACCUUUCAGCAUCAUCAAUAUUGUCACGCUACAGGACGAUCGUUCUUCUGCACUUUUUGCGACAAGGGUUUCCAAACUCAACAAUUGCUCAACAAUCACGUUCGCACCCACACACACAGUACCGGUUUCCUGUGCUCGCAUUGUGGCAAGGAGUUUAGCGAUAGAAGCAAUCUUCAUCAACACGAGAAACGACACUCUGGAGAUAAACCAUGGGCGUGUAACUUGUGUCCGAGCCGUUUUAGUACAAAAGGCUACUUAACUGUGCAUUUGCAUACUCACACCAGAAUCAAGGCAUUUAGUUGCAGUACUUGUGGAUCGCAAUUCAACAGACACUAUUCACUAGUGAAACACCAGGUCAUUCAUACAGGAGAACGUCACUAUGCGUGUGAAGUUUGCAAGAUGAGGUUUGCUUCGGCCUACCAUGUGAAGAUUCACAUGCGAACGCAUACGGGCGAAAAGCCUUACAAAUGUAAAUAUUGCGGACGCGGAUUCGCGCAGAAAAACGAUAUGCUUAAGCAUACAAAAACGCAUGGAAAACCGUUUCCAUGUGAUCAAUGCGAAGCUACAUUUCCUUUGCUGAAUGAUUUGCGAAAUCAUUGGAAGGAGCACGUUCAAGCGGGGAAGUAUGAGCAAGCACAACCUUCCGUCGAACAGUGA